UUUUGUCACUUAUUUCCAGAUCUGCAGAAGCAAACGAAGAAGAAAAAAAAAAGAGCAGAGAGGGAAAACCCAGAAAGAUUUUCUUUCUGUAAGAGAGAGAGAGAACGAAAAAAAGGGAAAAAGCGUUUCUGGGUCAGAAGAAAAAACCCAUCAAUGGCGGCUUAAGAAUUAGGACAAGCACACAAUCAUCAGAAAUGGCUCAAAAGGAGGGAGUUUCAAGAACACCUGGUCCUUCUCGUCCAACGAUUGCUCUCCCACCACGUUCUACUUUCGAGAAUUUCUUCAUCGGAGGAGCUGGUGCUAGCCCAGGUCCCAUGACGCUGGUAUCUAAUUUCUUCUCUGAUAAUGAUCCUGAGUCGGAUGUUCGGUCGUUUUCUCAGCUUCUCGCUGGGGCUAUGGGUUCGCCGGUGGCGGUUACGGGGUUCCGACCAAGUUUGUUGACGGAGAAUUCUUCCUCCAAGGAAAGGGAGACAGGUGAUGGAGUUGAAAGAGAUUCUCGUCUUAAGCAGAGUAAUCCGUUAAGUAUGGUGAUUGCUCCGUCGCCUUUUUUUACAGUUCCACCUGGUUUAAGCCCUACUACCUUGCUUGAUUCACCUAGGUUCUUCUCACCUGUUCAGGGGCCAUUUGGAAUCUCCCACCAACAGGUCCUGGCACACGUCACAGCGCAGGCUGCUCAGUCCCAAUCUCAGAUGCACCGCCAAGUUGAAUAUGCAUCUUCUCUAUCAGCAGCUCCUACAGCUUCAAUGGCGCAGCAUUCAUCCUUCCCUUCCAAUGCAACUACACAUGAGCAUGCACCUUUAUCUUCAGAUCCCAAUAGCAAUGUAAUGGAAUCAUCAGACUUGUCUCAGUCUGAUCAGAGAUCCCAACCUCUUACUGUUGAUAAACCUGCUGAUGAUGGUUACAAUUGGCGGAAAUAUGGGCAGAAGCAGGUGAAGGGCAGUGAAUAUCCUCGGAGCUACUAUAAAUGUACUUUCCCCAAUUGUCCCGUAAAAAAAAAGGUUGAGCGAUCUCUUGAUGGCCAAGUAACUGAGAUUAUCUACAAGGGCCAGCACAACCAUCAGCGACCUCAAUCGAACAAGCGAGGGAAAGAAAGUGGAAAUCAAAAUGGAAACUUACACUUUCAGGGGAAUCCUGAAGUUGGUUCUCAGUUUCACUCUGGGGGCUUAAGCAGAUCAAAUGAGACUUUACCUGCUACUUCACUCUCUAGGAGAGAUCAGGAAUCUAGCCAAGCCACACAAGAACAAUUAUCUGGUUCAAGUGAUGGGGAAGAAAUGGGUGAUGCUGAAACAAGAGCAGAUGAAGGGGAUGAGGUUGAACCUGAUCCUAAGAGACGGCACACAGAGGUACGGAUUUCAGAGCCGCCUUCUUCACAGAGGACAGUUUCAGAACCCAGGAUUAUUGUGCAGACAACCAGUGAAGUAGAUCUUUUGGAUGAUGGCUAUCGGUGGCGGAAGUAUGGCCAGAAAGUGGUCAAAGGAAAUCCUCACCCAAGGAGUUAUUACAAAUGUACAAAUGCAGGAUGUAAUGUCCGCAAACAUGUGGAGAGAGCUUCAACAGACCCAAAAGCUGUCAUAACGACGUAUGAAGGGAAACAUAAUCACAACGUGCCAGCAGCUAAGAACAGCAGUCACAACACAGUCAACAGUAACUUGUCACAGUUAAGACCGCCAACUGCUGUGGCUGAGAAACAUCCCUUGCUUAGAACGGAUAUUGGAAACAAUGAACAACAGCUACGGUUAUAAGAAUAGCAAAUUACUUAGUUUUUUGGUCCUUCUGACAAGAAUGAAGGUAUAGCACAAAUUGGCUAGGGAAAUUUACUUGCUGUCAAGCAGAUGUGUGGUG